AUGCCUGUCUCGCAUAUCACCCUGACUGUCGCUCACCUCCCGACCUCUACCUCUUUCUAUUUAUCAUGUUUACAGCCAUUGGGAUACCAAUUCAUCGGUCGACAUGAUGACUAUAUAGGGUUCGGUCAGAAGCAGGGGGAACCUGCUGAUUUCUGGAUGACCGAGACUAAGCCUGGAUGUCCUCCUGGCGCAGUCCAUGUCGCCUUCCCAGCCCCGUCGAAAGACGCUGUCGGCUCGUUCUUCAUAAGCGCCCUUAAAGCCGGCGCGAAGAUCCACGGCGAACCCAAAAUGCGAGAUUCGCAAUCUGGGUACUUCAGUGCAGCCGUCAUCGACUUCGAUGGCAACAGCGUUGAAGCCGUCUACCGGCCUGGCGCUGCCUCGGUGAUAUCCGCCGCCAGCGGGCCGACAAUGGCUCUGCUGGAGGGUUCUAGCCGCUCUGUGGUCUCAAGGGCGAGCAGUAGAGCUAGCACUGCCAAGGCGGAGAGCAUCGCACCCCCAAGGUCUGAGGCUAUGUCCGAAAGAUCCGUGGCAAGGUCCGACACUAGAUCCGUGGCAAGAUCUGAGGCGAGAUCUGAAGCCCGAUCCGAAGCAAGAUCCGAAGCCCGAUCAGACACCAAGUCUCGCGCAGGUUCCAAAGCACCCUCAGUCUAUGAGCGGUCGGCACCAUCUAUGGUCUCGCGCCAAUUCCAAGGCCCGCCACCACCGUCAUAUACCAUGCAGUCGCACGCACCGCCCCAGAGCGACGACGGCAGCAUGGCAGCCAAGACCAUCGUCGGCACGCUCAUCGGCGCCGCCGCAGGAGCAGCGAUCGCCUACGCAAUGGUCAAAGGCGACUCACAGUCAACGGCCCAAGAACACGAACCAAUGCAGUUCGCAAACAGCUUCCCCCAACUCAAAGCCGCCGCACAGUCCUUCUUCGGCAACGACGACCAACAAUCCCAAUUCCGCGCCAUCGAAGCACCUGCACCACCCCGCAGCGCCUACACCACCGCCUCAAACCCACGCUCAACCCUAACGCGCAGCGUAACCUCCAAGAACCCUCGCGCCAGCACAAUCUACGACGGCUCCGAGUACAUGGAAAACCCUCGCCGUGCCUCAGAAGGCAGCAUCUACAGCAUCCCAGAAGACAUCCCGCUCCGGGCAAUCGAGUACCCACCCGCCAGCAACGCCUCACAGAAACGCUACGCGUGCGCCCCGUCCACCUUCAUCAGCAGCUACCACGAAGAAAAGAUGCGCGCGCCAAGCAGCGUGCAGCGCUCCUCAACGAUCAAAGCGCCGCAGAGCACGACGUCACGCUCGCACAAGAGCCAGCACAGCACGCACUCGCACGCCGGCAAGGACAACGCUAGCGUUGCCUCAUCCUCGCGCUCAGCGCGCAACAUCCCCCUCCCCACCGGCUCGAACGCAACAUUCUACUCCAGCCCGAGUAUCCACAGCAGGGACGGCGGGAAGUCGCAUUUCUCUGCGCGGAACGUCCCGCUUCCUGAGAGCGUGGUGGAUCUGGACGUUGCCUCGCAAGUCUCGCCGGAUGACUCGAUUAGCCAGGUUGGGUUGCAUCCGCAUCGCCACCGCUCGCAUCGGUCUGGGAGCUCGAAGAGCUCUAGGGCUGAUGAUCGUGUCAGCCCGGCGGAUUCGGUGAGUCAGGUUUCUCGGGCUAGUCAGCGCACUGCGAAGGAGGGGUCGCGGGCUGGGAGUCGACGGGGAAGUCAGGCGGUUUGA